GAGCGACAUCCACUUACCCACCUUUUUAAAAUUUUAUCUGAACUAAUGAAGUUAUUUACUACGACUAUUUUACUAUAUAAUAUAUAAAAUAGCCUAAUUAAUAUUCUACUUGUAACAUAAUACAGAUAACAUAAUCUAAUAGGAAAUAUAAUACGUAGGAGGAGUAACCUACAAAACUACAAAACCUGUACAGAGCAAACAUCCGUUACAAUAUCAUUGAUUGUAAAUAUUAAAUAGAAUUUAUAACCAAUGCCAAUAUGUAUUGUAUGGUCAUUCAAUCUCAUUUCAAUGCAUGUUAAUUCAGAUUAAACUUAUCAAACAGUGAUCAACUUGGUAAAUUGAGAAACACUAGAGGGCUAUCGAGGGAUUUCAAGAGGAGCUUAAAUCGUGGACAUUAAUUGAAGCUAUAGAUUCGAACAGAAGCUGAGCUAAAGCAAUGAGCCUGCACGUCUUCGGUCCGACUGCAGUACCGAACGACCGGUCUUGAAGGAUCGAUAUCGAGUGCACACGAAUAAUAAUUGCAGGACCGUUGAGCCAAAGUUAAAACACAGGACGGCAGGACGGACACCUAACGGAUCGACCGACAUUAAGACAAGACAAUUAGAGAUGAAUGAAAUAGUUGCUGCAAAUCGGAGUUCUGCAGUGGAUUUUUCGGCUGGUCACAAAAAUGCAAACGAUUCUGAAAAUAUGUCAUCUGCAGUAAAUAAUCAAAACGACAAAAUACUUUCGGCAGACGACGACAAUUUAUUGCCGAACCAAACUGUUAUGGCCAAUGAGGUGAUCGGAAGUAUGGAUGAAGAUACACCAAAAGCAUUUAACUUAUACAGAAAUAAAAAGUUAUUGUCUCAUGGUAUGAUGGACGUGGCACUGUUUUCUGCAAAUGCUAAUCAACUAAGAUAUGUAUUAGAAAAUAGCGAUGGUAGUGCCCUUUACGUCAUUUGCGUCGUGCUUUUGUUGAUUAGCAUAUUUUUACAGAUUUUAGUUGGCGUAGGGCUUUUACUGAGUGCUCGGUACAAUGUGACCAAUUGUGACCAACGAAAGAUGGCAUUUAAAUUGGGAAACUAUGUCAUUGUUGGUAUAUUCCUCAUAACGGUGGUCAACAUUUUCAUAACGUCAUUUGGAGGUCCAACAGUAAAUUCACCUGCAAUAGUGUUGUCCACUUCUGUGACUGAGCAACCAAAUUUAUUAUUAUAGAUCCAUGAUGUAAAGAUUUAUUACCGCAAAAUAUUAAAACUAAUGAUAUUUUUAAUUUUUAUCAAUAAGUAAAGUACAAACUAUACUCAUA